AUGUUGGUGAAGGAAUGGGAACCGCCAAAGCCCGAAGUGCAACAAGGAUGUGGUGGUGUCAUGAUGGGGCGUUGGACGCAAACCGGACAGCCAAACACUGCCGAAUACCGUCUAAAGCCGCCGCCCCAGCCCCGAGACGGAGAUAGCAACGCUGGACCUGGGUUCGAGAAAGUUACUUCUGCUGAAGAGAGCGAAACCUCGACGAUGAAAAAAAAGCCGAUACCCGACAUAGAGAAACAGCCUUAUAAAACAGCCAGAGUUUCAGUCAGGCGAAAAAUACCUUUGCGUAGUACUGGCGAAACGGUUCUCCGUAGAGGGUAG